AUGGCAUCUCCGGCGCUGACGAUGCUCCCCACUCUUAGCAUGGAUAACACCCCAAAGAGAAGCAGGAAUGACCAGAUUCGUCGGCGCGACGGCAGCGUCGUCGUGGUGUCGGAGAACAAUACUGCGUCUUCUCACCGGCGCUCUCUCAUCGGCGUGCGCGGGAGUGUGCUGCCGGAAAAAAAAGGCGGUCUGCCCAAGGCAGGCCACGUCGGGGUGUGCUACCAUCAAAACGUGUACGUCUUCGGUGGAGUAAACAGCAAAGGGCAAUUCAACAACCACGUCUUCUGCUACGAGAAGCGGACACUGCAGUGGCGCGAGAUUCGCGGUGCCGGCGUUGUGCCGCGUGGCCGUGCCAACCACGCCGCUGUUCUGAUUGGCAACAAAAUUUACAUCCACGGUGGCCACCGCCACCUCGCGGUGUUCGACGACCUCUUCGCCUACGAGAUCGACACAAAUCGGUGGGAGAAGAUUGGUUGCGAGCGGUCGCAGGGGCCGGGACCAGUAUUUUUGCACAGUAUGGUGUACAUCCCCCCCUUGGACAGUUUCCUCGUCAUUGGCGGGAUUCAUCAGCGCGAGCAAAACAGCUGCCUCGGCCACUUAUUCGAUGUUCGCAACCGCAUCUGGACCGGUGUACCACCGCCGUCCUCUGUCGACGCGCAACAUCUGCAACUGGUGACGGCCGCCUAUAAUGCCCCCUCCGCGGUGGUGGUGGUUCUGGGCUUGAUGGAUGCGGACGUAAUGGAAGACGGCGCCGUCUCCACGCCACACGUGCACGUGUUUCAGCCAACAACGUUUGUGUGGCGGCGGGUGGACACAAGCGCUGCACCAAUGAGCCCGCUACCGUUUCGCAUGGAGGCAAUGUGGGAGUCACUGCUGCACUUCAUCGUCCCUGGCGGCGGCGGAGUGUACGACGCGCUCCUAGAGAGCUGGAUGUUUCCUCUUCCGUCGACCGAGGUGGAUAGCACUGGUGACGACGGUGCGGUGGGUCAGAGCCCCUCCACGCCGGGUUUCGGACUGCCUCCCCUGCCGCUAAACAAGUACGGCUUUCUCGUGCUAGAUUUGAGAAGCAUGUCGUGGUCGCUGGUGUCGUGCAAUCUGUCGCGCAAAUUGGUAGCAGAGCUGAAUGCAGUAAACCGAGUGACGCGAGAGAAGAUGGAGCGACUUGUUAUGCGCAACAAUGCAGCCGCUUCUGCCAUCGCCUUGUCCGGGAACUCUCCGCAGAGCCGGUCAAGUGUGCAGCAGCCUGUAGAUAGCGGCGCUGUCUUGGGCUUGUCCAACGCGUCCUUGACCCACGGCUCCACGGGGAUCGCGUCCAGACACUCGUCGGUGUUCCGACAUCAACCGUCGCAGUGGCCGCGGAACGAUUCCUCUUCCACAAAUGUGCUCUGGCCUCGUGCAUCUGGAAGUCGUUCCGCCGUGGCUUCCGGCUCCCACGACACCAAGAUGGCCGCCCUCCUCAGUUCAUCGCGGUACCGUCAUCUCUUCUUCUUCGAUGAUGCACCCGAGUUCAUGCGCAAGUACACUCUCGUGGUGGUGCGCGAUGAACCGACCAAAUCGGGAAAGCUGCGACCUCUGCAGUAUGUCGUCUUACACGGUGGACUGACGGAGCCGAUGGACUACGCGAUGCUUAUGUUUGCACCGAUACUUAGUCGGUCAAACUCAACUGAGGCAACGCCUGCAGGCGGCGCAGGGCUGAUGACGCGCUCGAAUCCGCUUCGCGGAAAUGGCGUUGCAAAUGUGGGGAGUCGACGCGCAUCGGCGUACAUCCAGAGCCACAGUGCAGAGGACGACGGCUACGGGGACGAGAGUUGUGACGACGUCACAUCGCUUGUGAGCAGCGGCACCUUCAUCGCGGCGUACUCGACGCAGAGGAACUAUCGCAGGACAGCGCCGCACUCACCGCCGAGGGACGCGCAAGCACUGGUGCAUGCGCGCGGCGGCAGGGACAGUGAUGACGACGAGUACGACACCGAUGCGGGGGAGCGGUUGAGCAACGGGGGUGCGGUGCACAAUGAAUAUCUGCUCCCGACUCUGCCGAGCGGACGCACGCGGCACAAUUAUUACCGCUUCGCCCUCCAGUUUGCGCCGGGCAACAGCAUACAGAAAGAGUCGCUGCUGCCGUACGCGAACAUACCUGUUGCGGUCUUGCAAACGCCGAAGGAUGUGCAGAAGUGGUCGCGCAACUACUACGCCGAUCAACGGCGGUGGCUCUCGGAGCGAAUCAAGGAUUCCAUGAUUGAGGACCGAAAGCUGCGGCGUCUUCGGCAGCUGAAAAAGGCGCAGGUGUCGACGGCAUCUGGUGCGCAAGGCAUCGCGACCCUGGCUGGCUCGGCAGGGGGCGACGACAGCAGCAACAGCGAAUCGGAAUUCCUCAUGGAUAAUUUCUACCUGGCGGAGACCUUCAGCGGUGACCCUCGCAUGCAUGGUGGCGCCAAGUUGUCCAUGCUCGCCUACAAAGAUCACCUGGCGCUCGACGCUGCUGAUGCCGCGUUGACGCAGGCGGGGGCCCCAAAGAGGCGGCUGCGCGACUUUUUCGAGCAGCACGGGCUUGACGCCUUCGAAGAGGCGGAUAUACAGGAGCAGCACGAGAGGAUGCAGUUGUGCAUGGCGCUCGGCGGCGAAGGUGCGAAGCAGGAUCGGCGGCGAAAGGAUCCAAGACUGAAGGAGAGGGCCGCCGUUGCCGAGGGUGCGAACGCGAAAGCAGCCAAACGGUCGGAGACGUCACCGCUGGUAAAAAAAUCGCCCGCCUCCGAUGGUGCCAUGCCUUUAGCAACUGAAGCGCAGAUGACCGACUCAGGCUUUGAGCGAUUGCGCAUGAAGGGCUGGCAGGACGGGGGCAGAGAUCGAAUGGUAGCUUCCGUCUUUCAUGGCUCCUUAAUCAACGGGCUGACCGGGUGCACCACAGACGGUGAGCUGGAUUUUAGGAAGCUUGCUGCCUACACGCUGCUGAGAAGGGCAAUAGCACGCCUCCGAGCAGAUGGUAACCCCUACGAGAUGCGCCGGCACCGAGCGCAGCUCCGUUGGCGCUAUCUCCGUGCCCUUGUGUGUACCGGUGAGGCUGCCUACUUGCUCUACCUUGCAAGUCAAGCAGAUUUCAGGAUGAAGGGCAUCAUGGUGACGGGCACGCAGGGUCUCAUGCUCGCCCCGGAGCUGCAUUUUCUCAGUCCGCUGCAGGCCUACCGUGUUCCUUGCAAGCCAGUCCCGUACAGCAUUGCGGCAGCAUCAGCACCACCGCCGGCGUCAUCGUCAAGGUUUGCGCAGGUGACGGCGAGUGGUAUGGUGGUGUACCACUCGCUGACGUGA